AUGUCUCUGCAGAAGUGCGCAGUGGCGCCUGGGAUUGUGUUAUCAGUCGCACCUGCGCUCGCUGUAUCUUCGUCAGGUGCGCUGGAGGGCGUCGCGAGCAGUGUGGUGGCUGUCACCUGUGUCGUCCCCCAGGAGCGACUGAGGGCAGUGCGGAGCGUGCGUGCGUGCGUCGGUGCGCACGACUGUGUGAACGUGUCACAGGAGCAACACAGGAACCAGCAGCAACACAGGAACCAGCAGCAACACAGGAACCAGCAGCAAGACAGGAACCAGCAGCAACACAGGAACCAGCAGCAACACAGGAACCAGCAGCAACACAGGAAUCAGCAGCAACACAGGAACCAGCAGCAACACAGGAACCAGCAGCAACACAGGAACCAGCAGCAACACAGGAAUCAGCAGCAACACAGGAACCAGCAGCAACACAGGAAUCAGCAGCAACACAGGAACCAGCAGCAACACAGGAACCAGCAGCAACACAGGAACCAGCAGCAACACAGGAACCAGCAGCAACACAGGAACCAGCAGCAACACAGGAACCAGCAGCAACACAGGAACCAGCAGCAACACAGGAAUCAGCAGCAACACAGGAACCAGCAGCAACACAGGAACCAGCAGCAACACAGGAACCAGCAGCAACACAGGAAUCAGCAGCAACACAAUGCACGUUUUAAAUCAAAUAGGCAGCAUCGCAGACCAGUGGGGGAGAAGAACGAACAGAAGACCUAUGAAGGAAUAAUGACAUGGAACGAGCCACGAGUCCCAGCCACGAGUCCCAGCUAUUGGUUUUGGUAA